UAUUACAAUUUCACUAAUUCAAACUAUGAAGGCGACGUCAUCACACAGCGACCUGAAGUUUACUGAAGAUGACGUCGUCUUUGUGAGACAAGUUGUUUACAUCAUGGCAGCGAUGGAUUUCAAAGACAACCUUCUUGGGAUAUCCUGGGUGGACAGCGGCUGGGUGCCAAUUCUUAACCCUGGAAAUGUACUGGACUACUUCUCUGAGAGAAGUAACCCCUUCUAUGACCGAACCUGUAAUAAUGAGGUAGUGAAGAUGCAGCGGCUUACUCUGGAACAUCUGAAUCAGAUGGUGGGAGUGGAGUACAUUCUUCUUCAUGCUCAGGAGCCAAUUCUUUACAUAAUCCGGAAACAACAGAGGCAGUCACCAACACAAUUGAUUCCCUUGGCUGACUACUACAUCAUAGCAGGAGUGGUGUACCAGGCGCCAGACCUGGGAACAGUUAUCAGCUCCAGAGCGCUUUCUGCUGUCCAUGGAAUCCAGUCUGCUUUUGAUGAGGCCAUGUCAUAUUGUCGCUAUCACCCAUCCAAAGGAUACUGGUGGCACUUCAAGGACCAGGAGGAGAGAGAAAAAAACAAACCCAAGUCUAAGAAGAAAGAAGAGCCGAGUUCACUGUUUCAGAGGCACCGUGUUGACACGCUCCUUCUGGACCUCAGGUCAAAGUUUCCACCAACGUUCUACCAGCCCAAGCCUGGGGAGAAGCCUAUUCCAGUUGAGGUGAAGAAAGAGCCUGAACCCCCCACAGAAGCUGUUAAACAAGAGGAAAGGGAACCAGCCACAAAGACCUCCGCCCCAGCUCCGCCAAGCAAACCACCUCCUGAGAAGAGAGCCAGACUACAGUGAGAAGAGUCAUUCGUUUCACACUCUGGGAAGAUGGAGAAAAGAAUUGAAAGUCCUAAACGACUAACUAAAAGAACAGCUUGGGAGUAGUUUUGUUCCUACAAAUUUACAAGAUCGUCUGCUCAUUUCAUCAGUUUACAGGAGGCUAAGAAUGAACUGGCUCAAAAAAAAGUCAGUUCCUUGUCUCAGUGCCAGGACUACUUUUACACUGUAACCUUAGUCUUGUGCACGUGAUAACUUUGGCAUCAUGGACAUCUCAGGCAGCUGUACUACAAACGGGGGUUAACUGCCUGAGGCCCGCAGGCAUUUAGCAGUAUUCACUGAGGAUGGGGUUUUUUGAUGAUAAGCUGACAUCAGCAUCAGUGUCGGUUUACUGUUGACAUCAGCGUAAUAUUUGUGUUGUAGUGACUUCAGAGGACAGUUUAAUUCCUUGUCUGCGUUACAGGGUGAUGUGUCAUAAUGCAUCAUCUCAUCUGAAAAGCAAAAAGCUUUUUGACUUUAGCACCUCUCUUUAAUUACAGACACUUUCACCUGUUUUUUUUGUAAGGAAUACUUUUUGUGUGUUUUUCUAUUAAACUAUCAGCUACUGUG